CACAUUUAACUGACAGACCUUCAGACUUCAUCAUCCUCAUCAUCAUCUUCAUCAUGAAGGCUCUCUUGCUCCUCUCUGUUUUGCUCUGCGGGGCUCUUACAGCCACAGCUGCAGCAGUGGGAACUGCUGAAACUGUACCACAGAAGCUGCAGGAGGACAACCAGAUCUCAGAGGCAGAAAAUGAAGCUGGAGCUUUUGUUCCUGAAGGUCGUUUUUUCGCGUGUCCCACUGGCUGGGUCAGAUACAAGAGCAGCUGCUAUCAGUUAGUGAGCUCCAGCAGAUCCUGGAGCAGUGCUGCGGCCCACUGUGCCAGUCUGGGAGCCUCCUUGGCUUCAGUCCAUGAUCAGUUUGAUUACAGUUUCCUCCAGGAGCUCACCAGGAGAGCAGGACACACCGUCUCCUGGAUGGGAGGAUUCUACUUUCAGGGCUGGAGGUGGGUGGACCAGAGCUCUUUCAGCUACACCUACUGGAGUACAGUGAAUUCUGCCAACAGCUACCCAUGUGUCUACCUUAGAGUCACUGGGGGCUGGUCCAAUCAGGCCUGCAGUACUACAUGGCCAUCUAUCUGCAUGAAGAGGACUGACACCUGCUAACCCUGACACCAGGAUACAGCUGUGUGUGCUGAUCUUAAUCAUAAUCCUUGCAAUUGCAUAAUCCUUGGAUUAGUGUUAGCAUAAAAACCUAGUUUAGAGUUCAGCAAAAAGAAUCAGAGGAGUUGUAUGUAUUAUAAGACAUUAUUGAAUGAGAUUUGUUGAUGACUUCAUGCUGUACAUAUAAAACAAACUACUGCAAAAUCAGAUCUGUAAAGAGGCCACCGGCCAGUUUUGAUUUUUUUUUAAACUUUGCAAUAUGUGUUUUACAGAAA